GCGCAAAACAUAGGCAGGGCCUAAUUUCGCAGGUCCUUUGUAGACGUAUUUUCGUUCUGGCGGGAAAGUUCUUGAAACUCUCGGUAGGAAUGCGCGUGCGCGAUGGGAACGUAGGCAGAUGGGCGAGAAAGAUUAUGCAAGAUGUCAGCGCUGGAAGCGUCGGGACCUCUGCAGGGCAGGGAUAUAAGUACUACACAAACGACCAAAGAUGUAAACAAAGACAAGGGUCAGUUACUGACAGCAGCAGAAGAAUAUGUUGGUCCCAACGAAGAACACUCUGAGAACCUGGCCAAAAGCCCAGUCCAAUGCAAAGAGGAUGGAGCAACUAUAUCUUUAGCAGAUUCUCUCGGCCGCAAAGGUGUCCCAGAAGGAUGGGGAAAGAUAAUAAAGCAAAGGCAGGCAGGCAAAACUGCAGGAAGAUAUGACAUUUAUUUUAUCAGUCCUCAAGGAAUGAAGUUCCGCUCUAAACGGGCUCUCUCAGAUUACUUUAAAAAGAAUGGUGAAAUUGUUCUUAAAUCAGAGGAUUUUGAUUUUAAUGUUCCUGUUCAGAACAGUGCACAAUUGAGAAUCCAAGGAUCAACUGUUACGGAGUCAAGAGUACAGAUCUGCAACUCAAAAAGCCAGAUUUCUAAUCUUGGUUUGCAAAAUAGUGAGGGGGGACAUGGAACAUUUCUGAAAAAUGAAGUUUUGGAACUGCAAACUAAUGCAAGGGAGUUGCAAAAUGUUUCUAUCUGUUUGCAAGAUGGGCCCACGAUAGAUCACUCAAAGAACUGUUUUUUAAAGACCUGUGAAACUAAGAAUUUAGAUGAUAGCCAAAACAAAAGCCGGAGAAAAACAUCACAUCAAAAACGAGGAACGGGAUGUAUUAAAAGAAGCAGACAAAAGAAAGGUGAGAGUGUAAAUAAUCAGAAAAUGUGUUGGCUAGACUCAAGAAGAAAGAAACUAUGCUCGAAGGAUGAACUGCUUAUUUCUGAACCAACAGUGGAGAUGCAUGUUAAUCCAGUUGUACCUAUCUUGGAAUACAAGUCAGGUGCAGAAGUUUUAAAAGGUGGUAAGAGUCCCAGUGAGUUUGUGACUACAACUACUGAUAAAAAUCCUUCAAAACCUGAAAGCCUGAACAAUUGGAUGCCUUUAAAAAUCCAAGAUAUUAAAUUUGCUCCCAAGGAGAAUAUUAAUGUUUCACAGACCAGUGAUGAAAAACACUUUACCUCAAUAAAAGAGGGCCAAGUUCGAAGAACUCAAGUGGAGAGAAGGAAAACCAGUCCAUAUUUUUCCAGUAGAUUCCUCAAAGAAGCUCCAAGCCCCCCAAGAAGGAAGGCUUUUCAGAAAUGGACUCCACCUCGUUCUCCCUUUAAUUUGGUCCAGGAAACUCUCUUUCAUAAUCCCUGGAAACUCUUAAUUGCUACCAUAUUUCUGAAUAAAACUUCAGGUAAGAUGGCCAUCCCUGUUCUUUGGGAUUUUUUACAGAAAUAUCCUUCACCUAAAGCAGCAAGAACUGCCAACUGCAAGGAAAUGUCAGAGCUACUUAAACCUCUUGGUCUAUAUGAACUCAGAGCAAAGACUAUUAUCAAAUUUUCAGAUGAGUAUUUGACCAAACAGUGGAAGUAUCCUAUUGAGUUGCAUGGGAUUGGAAAAUACGGAAAUGAUUCUUAUAGAAUGUUCUGUGUCAAUGAAUGGAAGGAGGUACAGCCACAAGACCAUAAACUAAAUGAUUAUCACGCUUGGCUUUGGGAAAACCAUGAGAAACUGAAUCUUAGUUAAUAGCUUUAUAUAAAAAUGCUUUUCUCAGUGUUUCAUGUUUUGGUCUUUCUACAGUCCCUCUGGAUAUCAUAAAUGUAAAUGUUUACAUAUGUAUAUUUGUAACUUUGAGUAAGUACAGUGUCUGAACUUAUUGUAAUUAAAGGUGGUUAAAACAUUUUAAAAA